UUAGAAGUAAUUUAGCUUACAUACAGUAUGUCCUUCCUCUGCCACAAGUUACGCUUCCCUCCUCCAUAUUUUUGUAUUGACACCACCUCCUUUCCCUCUCAGCCCUUACAACCAACACCUUAUUUUGUGGUCUUGUUGUCGUUGAACUCCAGUUCUCACCAACCCCUAGCCAACUGUACUGGUGGUGAGUGAUGAUGAGAGUUGUAGUCCAAGAACAUCUGGAGGGCCAUAGGUUCCUCCUCCCUGCGAAGAAUCUGCCUCAGGCUAUCACACAGUCUAGUGUCCCAGCAUCCUGUUCUCACAGUGUUCUCCCUCAGUUUAAUUCUCAGGUCUGAGCAUUCCUUCCCUUCCUUAUGUGUUUAUAGUUUUCAUCUACAGUAUCUUAACUAACUUAUCCUACUCUUUGUGCCUCCACCCCCACUUUAGCCUAAAGUCAGAAUAUUUCUUUUCUCUUUGCCAGUUAGGAUUGUCUCCUGCUGUGUUGUUCUAUGACAGGAAUCCCCAAACUGCGGCCCUCCAGAUGUUUUGGCCUACAACUCCCAUGAUAUAUAGCUAACAGGACCAGUGGUCGGGGAAGAUGGGAAUUGUAGUCCAAAACACCUGGAGGGCCAAAGUUUGGGGAUGCCUGUUCUAUGACAUCUUUCCCUCCUCUUCUUGUUGAAGAAAAGGAAUUUUCCUCCAACCUUCAAACUUGUAAGGCUCUGAAGAAAAAGUGUAGGGUAGAAGAGUCCUCCAAAUUGGUGGGUGGUGGUAGUGAUGGGGGCUGCUGGAGGGAGGGAGAGAAUGUGUUCUUAAUGUCUAGCACAAAAUGUGCUGCUGGGGGCUUAUUCUUGGGGCAUUUCCAGUUUAAAAUAUCUCUGGUAAUAAAGCUUGAAGCAUUUCCCCCCAAAAGAGAAAUUCUGCCAGAGAUACUAGAGUUUCUUCCCAUCUGAGAUGACAGUAGUUUGGCAUAGAUGGGGUCAUGGUCUGGCUCAGAAUCAAGCAGGUUCACAAAAUCAGUCUCUGAUAGGUUCAGAGUGGACGGAAGGAAGUAUUGCUUCACAAUGUGUGUGUAAUUAAUGUAAGGAAUUCAGGACCACAGCAUGUGUUGGGUGAUUGGCAACCUCUGGCUUAGAUAGCUUUAUUUCUAAAAUCAUGGAAGAUAAAUCUGUGGAUGAGGCAAGUGCUAUAGUUCAGUGGCAAACACUAUGUUUGAAUGCAGGGCACCCCAGUUCAAUCGCCAGCAGAUCAUAUUGGGGAGAGGACAGGACAUGCUGACUGAGAUGUUCAAGAGCUGCUGCCAGCCAGAGCAGCAAGUCACCCAACAUCCUGCUGCCCCCCUUCGAAGAUGGUGAAGCUAGACAUUCACACAUUGGCUCAUCACCUCAAGCAGGAACGGCUUUAUGUGAACUCCGAAAAGCAGCUGAUUCAGAGACUGAAUGCUGAGGUGCUGAAGACUGCUGAAAAGCUGUAUCGCACGGCAUGGAUUUCCAAACAGCAGAGGAUUAACUUGGACCGGCUAAUCAUAACUAGUGCUGAAGCUUCACCUGCUGAAUGCUGCCAGCAUGCCAAGGUCUUGGAGGACACACUGUUCGUGGAUGGGUACAAGCAGUUGGGCUUUCAAGAGACAGCCUAUGGAGAAUUCCUUAACAGGCUGCGCGAAAACCCUCGCCUUAUUGCAUCGUGCCUGGUUGCUGGAGAGAAGCUCAACCAGGAGAACACACAGAGUGUCAUUCACACCGUCUUCACCUCCAUCUAUGGCAACUGCAUUAUGCCAGAAGACGAAAGCUACCUCCUCCAAGUCUUGCGCUACUUGAUUGAGUUUGAACUCAAGGAAAGUGAUAAUCCCAGACGGCUCCUAAGGAGAGGCACCUGCGCCUUCAGCAUUUUGUUCAAACUCUUUUCCGAGGGGCUCUUUUCAGCCAAGCUCUUCCUCACUGCCACUUUGCAUGAGCCCAUCAUGCAGCUGUUGGUUGAAGAUGAAGACCACCUGGAAACCGACCCCAGCAAAUUGAUUGACCGCUUCUCGCCCACCCAGCAGGAGAAGCUCUUUGGGGAAAAGGGCACAGAAAAGUUCAGGCAGAAAGUUCAGGAGAUGGUAGAAUCUAACGAGGCCAAGCUGGUGGCCCUGGUGAAUAAGUUCAUUGGCUACCUCAAGCAGAACACCUACUGCUUCCCACACAGCUUACGGUGGAUUGUAUCCCAGAUGUACAAAACGCUCUCGUGUGUCGACAGGCUUGAUGUUGGAGAAGUGAGAGCCAUGUGCACGGACCUUCUCUUGACUUGCUUCAUUUGUCCUGCCGUGGUCAACCCAGAGCAGUAUGGGAUUAUUUCUGAUGCCCCAAUCAAUGAAGUGGCAAGGUUCAACCUAAUGCAGGUUGGGAGACUUUUGCAGCAGCUGGCCAUGACCAGUUCUGAAGAAGGAGACCCCCGCACAAAGAGUUACCUGGGUAAAUUCGACAAAGGUUGUGUGGCUGCAUUCUUGGACGUUGUCAUUGGCGGACGGGCAGUAGAGACUCCACCCAUGUCCUCGGUGAACCUUUUGGAAGGGCUGAGUAGAACUGUGGUUUACAUGACCCAUAGCCAGCUCACUGGCCUGGUCAGUUUUAUGCGGAACGUCAUGUCGGGCGACCAGCUGAAGGAGGACCGCAUGGCUUUGGAAAACCUGCUGUUAAACUUGCCCCAGAACAAGCCAGGGAAAAGCAGCAGCCUGGAGAUGACCCCAUACAACACCCCACAGCUAUCCCCUGCCACCACACCAGCCAACAAGAAAAAUCGGCUGCCUAUAGCUACCCGAAGCCGGAGCCGAUCGAAUAUUCAAGUGGACCAGCAUGCAGACCAUGAUGGAUUCUCCCAGGAAACGAUACAAGAAGUUCAACCAGAAGAAGUAUUGGUUAUUGCUCUCGGGACUGGGCCCCAAAUAACUCCAGGAAUGAUGUCAGAAAAUGAGGUUUUAAACAUGCAGCUUGCUGACGGAGGGCAAGGAGAUGUCCCUGUUGAUGAAACCAAACUCCACGGUAAACCUGAUAAAACCUUGCGCUUUUCCCUCUGCAGUGAUAAUCUGGAAGGAAUAUCUGAAGGCCCUUCAAAUCGCUCCAAUUCUGUGUCAUCAUUGGACUUGGAGGGGGAAUCUGUGUCCGAACUUGGUGCAGGCGGCCCAUCAGGGAGCAAUGGGGUGGAAGCCCUGCAACUGCUGGAGCAUGAGCAAGCAACCACUCAGGAUAACCUUGAUGAUAAGCUCCGUAAAUUUGAGAUCCGUGACAUGAUGGGGUUAACAGAUGACAGGGACAUCUCUGAGACUGUGAGUGAGACCUGGAGCACUGAUGUUCUAGGGAGCGACUUCGAUCCAAAUAUUGACGAGGACCGCUUACAGGAAAUCGCAGGUGCCGCAGCUGAGAAUAUGCUGGGAAGCUUGCUGUGUUUGCCUGGUUCAGGAUCAGUGCUUUUUGACCCCUGCACAGGCUCAACCAUCUCGGAAACCACCAGUGAAGCUUGGAGCGUUGAAGUGCUACCAAGUGAUUCAGAGGCCCCAGAUCUAAAGCAAGAGGAGAGGCUGCAGGAGCUUGAGAGCUGCUCUGGGGUGGGGAGCACCUCUGAUGAUACAGAUGUGAGGGAGGUCAGUUCCCGCCCCAGCACACCAGGCCUCAGUGUCGUAUCAGGCAUUAGCGCAACCUCUGAAGACAUCCCAAACAAGAUUGAGGACCUCCGAUCCGAGUGUAGCUCUGACUUUGGCGGGAAGGAUUCAGUAACCAGCCCCGACAUGGACGAAACAGCUCAUGGAACCAGCCAGGUGGCCUCUACUUUGUCUCACGCAGAAUCCUUGCUUGCCAUGUUCGAUCCCUUGUCUUCUCACGAAGCAGUGGUGAGGCCCAAAGUGCACUAUGCAAGACCUUCACACCCCCCGCCAGACCCCCCGAUCCUGGAAGGGACCCUAGGAGGCAACGAGGCAAGGCUGCCCAAUUUCAGCUCCCACACUGCCAUACUCAUUGACUCCGAAGCGUUCAGGCAGCGGUAUUCCUAUCCUGAGAGGCUCGUGCGGAGCAGGAGCUCUGAUAUAGUGUCAUCCGCUCGGAGGCCAAUGAGUGACCCUGGUUGGAACAGGCGAGCCGGCAACGAGGAGAGGGAGCUUUCUGUGCUUGGCUGUGUAGGGGGAACUCCUUUGAUGACAGCCUCUCAGUCUUCUUCCUCAUCUCCUAGCAGAGAUUCCUGCAGAGGAGAGGUUGAGGAUCGCAAAGACAGUGACGAUGAGAAGUCUGACCGGAACAAACCAUGGUGGAGGAAACGUUUUGUUUCAGCUAUGCCCAGAGCUCCCAUCCCAUUUAGGAAAAAAGAGAAGCAGGACAAGGACAAAGAGGACUUUGUGCCUGAUAGAUACAACUCUCUUCAAGAUGACUCUGGCCCUAGACUGAGCGCUCAGGCCCAGGCAGCGGAGGACAUCCUGGACAAGUACAGGAAUGCGAUUAAGCGAACCAGCCCCAAUGAGGGGGCUGUAGUGACCUAUGACAAUGCAGAUGCCAUCGGAGAUGGCGAGAGCAUCCAUGACUCUGUGCGGGAUGACAACUUGCAGAACAUAUCUGCAGAUGACCUUCCGGAUUCUGCCAGCCAAGCAGCCCAGCCACAGGAUUCGGCUUUUUCUUACAGAGAUGCAAAGAAGAAACUGCGGCUUGCUCUCUGUUCAGCAGAUUCUGUGGCCUUCCCUAUGUUGUCCCACUCAACGCGGAACGGCCUUCCAGAUCAUACAGACCCUGAAGACAAUGAAAUUGUAUGCUUCCUAAAAGUCCAGCUAGCCGAAGCCAUCAACCUUCAGGACAAGAACCUGAUGGCUCAGAUCCAGGAGACCAUGCGUUGUGUUGGCCGCUUUGACAACAGGACCUGCUGCAAGCUGCUGGCCUCAAUUGCUGAGGAUUACAGGAAAAGGGCUCCCUAUAUUGCCUACCUGACGCAGUGCCGCCAGGGUCUACAGACCACCCAGGCCCACCUGGAAAGGCUGCUGCAGAGAGUGCUGCGAGACAAAGAAGUGGCCAACCGAUACUUCACCACGGUGUGCGUGCGGCUGUUGCUGGAGAGCAAAGAGUCAAAGAUAAGGGCGUUCAUUCAAGAUUUCCAGAAGCUGACGGCAGCGGAUGACAAAACUGCCCAAGUUGAGGACUUCCUCCAGUUUCUCUAUGGUGUAAUGGCCCAGGAUGUCAUCUGGCAGAACGCCAGUGAGGAGCAGCUCCAGGAUGCCCAGCUGGCAAUUGAGCGCAGCGUCAUGAACCGCAUCUUCAAACUGGCCUUCUACCCUAACCAGGAUGGAGACAUCCUGCGUGACCAGCUUCUUUAUGAUCACAUACAGAGGUUAUCUAAAGUGGUGACUGCGAACCAUAAAGCACUUCAGAUUCCUGAGGUCUACCUCCGCGAAGCACCAUGGCCAUCAGCACAGUCUGAGAUCCGCACCAUCAGCGCCUACAAGACCCCCCGGGACAAGCUGCAGUGUGUCUUGCGGAUGUGCUCCACCAUCAUGAAUCUGCUGAGCCUGGCAAACGAAGAUUCUGUUCCUGGGGCAGACGACUUUGUCCCUGUUCUCGUCUUUGUUCUCAUAAAGGCCAAUCCGCCCUGCUUGUUGUCCACUGUCCAGUACAUCAGCAGUUUCUACGCCAACUGUUUAACUGGAGAAGAAUCCUACUGGUGGAUGCAGUUUACAGCGGCAGUUGAGUUCAUUAAAACGAUAGACGAGCGCAAGUAAACAAAACCCAGCCAGCAUCUCUGCUGAGAACCAAAUGGCUCACAGAGGAGGACCUUUAUGAAUGUAUGACGCCUGGUCUCUGCCCAUCAGGCUACAGGAAAGCAAAGAGAGAAAACCUCCAUGUGGAAACACUGUACUGUAAAGGAGUUCCAAGCAUUUUCAAACGAACCUUUACUAAUUGGACUAAUUCCAGCAGGGUGGUUUGAGGUAUUAUUUUGGUUGUGUGUUUCUCCUUUUCUUUUUAAAUCCUCUAUCCCAUAGAAGCUAGCACUGUGUCAAAUCAUAAUAAAAAAUAAAAGGGACCACAUGUUAAACUAUCCUGGAAUCUCCAGGCAUUUUUUCUGCUGCCACAUCCACCAUGUUACAUCUUUUUUUUUCUAACAGUUUAAUUAGAACUUUUUUUAAAAAAACUUUGUGAGUGGCAAGAAUAAAGGUAAGCACUUUCUAAUUAUCUUUAUUUACACGGGUGCAUUUGUCUUGUUGAGAGGGAAGGCACCAGCCACAGAGGAGGAGUUUGCAGCAAGUGAAGGGGUCAAACUUGAAUCAUGAAAGAGCAAUGUAUUUAUUGUAAUGUAAAUGCUUACCAAAUGGUAUACUAAAACUGGAAGAUAUUCAUAUGGCCUUUAUCAUAAUUAGCAUUUUCUUUCUAAUUUUGGACAGGGCAUUAGUUAUUCAUCUGUUGUACAAAAGAGGUGAUGUUUAAGGGUUUAUAGGGGGAAGUGGGCUUGCUUGAAGAGGAUUUUCAAUAUAAGCGAAAGAAGAGGAUUUUCAAUAUAAGCGAAAGAAGAGGAUUUUCAAUAUAAGCGAAAGAAGAAAACAUCAAUAACCUUAUGUUUGUUUUGUUUUUGUUUUCCUUCGGAAAUACUGUGUAUACUGUACAAAUCCGAAAUGGAACUUUCCCCCUACGAAACCAGAAUCUGUAAUAUAUAUUUUGAUUAUUCGUAUUAAAAACAUACAUCAAGGA